CUCUUGCGGUGCAUGACGGUCAGUGUACCGGGUGUAUCUGCUGCCGUGUACGCUGCUGUCUUCCUCCCGGUUCCUCCGCUGUUUUUCUGUGAUGGUGAAGAGGAGAAACAACGGCGGCUGCGCUUCACACGACAGCUAGCCUCGUGGGAGGCUCCUCCCGAUGUCAUGGCGUCCAGCCACAGCUCCUCCCCAGUGCCUCGUCCCGGCGGUCGAGGUCGAGCUGGGAUUUAUCACAAGGAGCGAGACGCCUCCCCGAAUCGCUGCCGGCCGGUUCGCUCGCUGCCCGACGUUUGUCCCAAAGAGCCGACGGGUGAGGGUCGAGCUCUGUGUGACGGACCCUCGGUGGUAGCGGAGCACGACCGAUGGACCGUGUUCAGCUCUAAGGUGAAUCUUCCCGCCGCGCUCAACGACCCCAGACUCGCCAAACGGGAGUCGGACUUCUUCACCAAAACAUGGGGGCUGGACUUCGCCGAGACGGAGGUGAUGCCCUCCUUCUACCUCCCCAACAUCACCAGGGAACACUUCGGGCCGUACCUGCAGGAGACGGCUCAGAGAGAAAGAAUUCAUGAGCGCUGUAAGACGAUCUGUCCCAACAAAGACGACGUGGACGCCGUCUCCAGUAUCACCUCCAACCACGAUAAAUCCAGAGCUGAGCUGGAACAAGUCCCGAAGAUCUUCAUGAAGCCUGAGUUUGCUCUGGAGGACCCGGCUACGUUCAACGCUGUGCUUCCCUGGUCUCACUUUAACAGCGCCGGAGGGAAGAGCAGCAGAGACGUCGCUUCAUCCAAACUGCUGCAGGAGAAGCAGGAAGACUCACAGAGCUUUACUUUGAAUUACAUUGGGAAUAAAAUGAAACAUCUUGGCUCUCAGCUGUGUGAGUUGGAGAAGCUGAUUGAUAAGAUGAUGGUCGAGGACUUCAGCAUGUACGCUCGCAGCGAUCUCAACCGCAGCCUGAAGGAAGAGCCGCAGGUCCUGGAGAAGGUUCACAACGCUGUCUCACUGAAGGAGCGUCUGGCCUCGCUGGUGUUCGGCCUGCUGCGUCAGAGGAAGCUGGACUUUCUGGAUAUUUACAGCGAUGAGAUGAUCAUGGCCGCCAAGCUGAUCGUCUCUCAGUGUGUGGCAGAAAAUGUUUUGCACAUAGAAGACAUCGACACUGAAGUCGUCACUAAGCUAGCGGAUCAGAUGCGUCUGAUGACGUUCCCUCAGUGGUUCGAGCUGCUGACGAGCGUCUUUGAGAGUUUCCUUCUGUUCCUGCAGAGAAUCAAAGCGACUCUGAACGUGAUCAAGAACGUGGUUCUGGAGAUUCAGGACUCGAACCAGAAGCUGCGUCUGCUGGAGGAGUCCGGUUCAGAGCCUGCAGGUCAGGAGUCCUGUCAGAGUCCGCAGCUGCUGCAGGGGGAAGCGGAGCUGGCCUACCUCACCCACGAGGGUCUGUUCAUCAGCGACGCUCUGAGCGAAGCCCACCAGCAGCAGCAGCAGCAGCAGCAGCAGGAUCCGAGCUCUGUGACGGGAUCCAGGACCCAGCAGAGCCGAGCAGAACCAGAGUCUAACAGCAGGGAGCAAAACUUCAUGUCCGCUGAGAACAUGAUGCCUUCUGAUCAGGAGCUGAACCGGGUGCUGAACAACAUCCAGGAGCUGCUGUUCACCGCCUCCGACGUUAGCCACGACCGCUGCGUCAAAGUGCUCACGGCCAGAGCCAAGGACGGCUCUCUGGAGCGUCUGAGCUCGGCGGAGUUCGUGUGUCUCUCUCAGGCGGUGGACGGUUUCAUCAGGGACACGGAGGAGCUGUGCGGCCGGCGCAGCGUCUCCCUGAGGGGGGCGCUGCAGAGCCAAGCCAACCGCUUCGUACAUCGCUUCCACGAAGAACGCAAAACCAAACUCAGUCUUCUCCUGGAUAACGAGCGCUGGAAACAGGCCGAGGUUCCUGCUGAGUUUCAGGAUCUGGUGAACUCCAUCGCUGACGGCAGGAUAACACUACCAGAGCGCAAAACUACAGGUCCAGACGACAGGAAGCCGGCCGAGUUUCUGCUUGUUAACGGGCAGAAAUACGCCGUCGUUGGGACGGUUCUGCUGCUGAUCCGGAUCUUCCUGGAAUACUGUCAGUGUGUGAGCGACAUCCCAGCCAUCGCCACCGACAUGCUCACGCGUCUGUCGGACCUCCUCAAGCACUUCAACUCUCGGAGCUGCCAGCUGGUUCUGGGAGCCGGAGCUCUGCAGGUCGUCGGCCUGAAGACUAUCACCACCAAAAACCUCGCGUUAGCAUCGCGCUGCCUGCAGCUGGUGGUUCUCUACAUUCCUGUCAUCAGAGCUCAUUUUGAGACCAAACUGCAGCCAAAACAGUUCAGCGUCCUCAGACACUUCGACCACAUCACCAAGGACUACAACGAUCACAUAUCAGAGAUCUCAGCUAAACUGGUCGCCAUCAUGGACAGUCUGUUCGAGAAGGUUUUAUCAAAGUACGAGGUGAAAGCUCCGAUGCCGUCGGCCUGCUUCAGAAACGUCUGUAAGCAGAUGGCGAAGAUGCACGAAGCCAUCAACGAACUUUUACCUGAAGAGCAGACUCAGAUGUUGUUUCUGAGGAUCAACGCCAGCUUUAAAAUGCACCUGAAGCGGCAGCUGGCUCGACUCGGCGUGGUCAACGACGGAGGACCGCAGCACGGGUUGGUGGUCGUCGACGUUGCUUUCUACACGGAGAACGUUCAGGUGCUGAAGAGCCUCGAGCGGCUCGACCUCAACAUGGCCGAAAUCUGGGAGCAGAAGAGGUGAUGGAGGACUGCGUGGAACCGAACCGAAACCGAACUGAACUCGGAGCCGGCGUUGGCUGCAGAGGCCCGAUGGAGGGACCAAAAAAAAAUAUAUUAAAAAACUACGAGGAGGAGGAGGAGACGAAGAAGAAGAAGCAGUAGCAGCAGCACGGCGAGGAGCUUCCUGAACAGCUCCACCUUAAAAACAAACUAUCAAGUAACACACAGAGCCUCCUUAAAAAAAAAAAAAAAAACUGCUGCCACCUCAUCUCACUGUGUGCAAUUCAAACAGGAACACUAAAGUAAAUUAUUAGACAGUUUUAGAGGGAGCGCAGGCUGUAGAUAAUGUUUAAGAGAAUGGCGGGGUAAUUUAUUUUUCUGUCGUCGUGGAAACAUUCGACUCUGAUGGGCGAAGGGACGAAGAUUUUUAUCAACGCGCACGGCAGCCGGAAGUUUUUUCUGUCUCUUGAUUUCUUUGGAUUCAGGGUUUAAUCAGGAAAACAAAAAAGAAGAAGGAGAUUUAUCUUUUUUUUCCCUUUUUUCCUGCUCUGAAAGAAUCUACCGGG